UGCGCGCCCCGUGGAGACUCCUGCGGUCUGCAGGCAGUCGCUUUUGAACGAGUCGUUUUGUCCUUUAAGAUCAUCAGAUUACGGGCCGUACGUGCUGCUUCCAGAUGAGUGGGUUUGGGUCAGAGCUCCAGCCGGAUGCAGAUGCUGCCUCAGUUUGAUGAUUCAUGGCUGAAACCUUGAUCUACUAGGACAUGUGAAGGUUGUAAUCAAGGAUCGCGAAGUCUAAGACGAGUGAGGAUGUCUGAAAUGAUGAAGGUUGAAGCAGAUGAACCUGGGGUGUUCAGCUCGGAGCCCCUCAUACCUGCAGCAUCCGCAUCAGAACUGGAGCAGAAACAAGACAACAAAGAUCUCAUCCAUCAGAUGUUUGUGAUUAAAGUGGUUCCCCAUGACUGGAGCCUGAGUUUGAACCAGCAGGAUCCAGAUGACUCUCGCAUAAAGGAGGAGGAAGAGGAACUGUGGAUCAGUCACGAGGAAGAGCAGCUUACUGUCAAGAUUGAAGAUGAAGAGAAACCUGAACUUUAUGAGAUCAAAGCAGAUGACAUAAGAGAGACAGAAUCUCCAACCAGCAGCUCAGAUGAGAAGACGGAAACGGAACCUCAUGAAGAGGACAGCGGAGGAUUAGAACUGGAGAGGAACCAAGAUCCAGCAUGUUCUUCCCUGCAAACUAAGACAACUUCUCACAAAAGCGUUAGGACAUCUAAGUCGACUGUGAAUGGAGUUCAAACUGAAGAGAAGCCAUUUUGCUGCCAUGUUUGUGGAAAAACUUUCAAGCGCAAUGCUCAUGUUAAAUUACACAUGAUGACUCACACUGCAGAGAGAGAACAUACCUGUGAUCUUUGCGGUAAAGGAUUUAAAGAAAAGAGUUUCGUUCAGACACACAUGAGAAUACAUACUGGAGAGAAACCAUUUUCCUGUAAUGUUUGUGGUAAAGGGUUUCAUGCAAAAACAUAUCUGAAAACUCACAUGAAGGUCCAUUCCGCAGAAAAACCUUUUUCAUGUGAUAUUUGUGGUACAAGAUUUAAAAGAAAGGAAAAUAUAAAAAAGCACAUGAGGAUCCACACUGCAGAGAGACCGUUUGUUUGUAGGGUUUGCAAUAAAGACUUUUCACUGCAAAACACAUUGAACAGACACAUGCGUGUUCACACAGGAGAGAAGCAGUUUAUUUGUAAUGUUUGUAGUAAAGGAUUUUCAUUAAAACAUAACCUGAAAAGCCACAUGGAAGUUCACACGGCACCGUUUAGCUGCAGUGAUUGCAGUAAACGUUUUGUAAAAGAAAUCCAGUUAGAGCGACAUGUGAGAGUCCACUCAGAGGAGAGGCCGUAUGGUUGUAACGUCUGUAAAAGUAGAUUUUAUCAAAGGUGUCAACUUGAAAAUCACAUGAGAGUGCAUUCAGGAGAGAAGCCGUUUGUGUGCACGGUUUGCAGUAAAGGAUUUUCCCAGCUUGGAGAUAUGAGGAGGCACAUGGGUCUUCAUAAAGACUGACUUAACAUCAUAGUUGUCAGCUAAUCUGUCAUUAUUUUUCUGAAUAAUUUAUGUCUCCACAUUAUCACAUUAAAUUAAAAUAGUUGAAAAAAAUAAAACUUAAUCAUCUGUAACUUGCUUUAUUUUCUAACUGAUCAGUUUUAGUUAAAAGUCCAAAAUGCUACAGUAAAGUUAAUCCUGAUGAUUUUUAACUAGUAACUUCAAAACCACCAAAGCUAAAAAUCAUAAUAAACCCAGUUGUGUUUUUACCAAGGCUGUUGCUAAAAAGAUAAGUAGGUUUUUCAGAAUGUCAAAUAUAAUGAGAUUGAAGCUUUAGAUUUGGUCCUGUGUGUAACUCUUUCUACCUUAAAUUGGAUUUUUUUUACAACUGAACAUCAUCUCCAAUUGGGCUGUAUAAUCAAUUGCAAUUACAUAUAUGCGCAAUAUUCUUAUCCAAAUUACUUUUGGAGUGCAAUAAUUGUUGACCAAUAUAUUGCCAGUGUCAUGAAAGCACAUUUUGCAUGCCAAGUAUGCUAUGUACACACAGCAGCUCUUGAUGCUCAAUUUCAUUUUUUCCCCCCCACUGAAAUCCAAUAUUUUCUUUAUGGUUUUUACCACAAAUUAAAUGCAAGCCCAAUCAGACUUUUAUGUUAAAGAUUUAUGGCUUCAUCUAGAUCCGCUUGCAGAGAAAUAGUGCAUGGCAGUGCACUAUUUGCUGUUUGUUGGCACUGAAGUAACACGUCUGAAACAAAGUGUCAGCACUGCUUUUGUCAGUCAUUGCUUAUGUAGUGUCUGGCAUCUUCUGAUGCAGAAUUAUAAUGCAUGUCACCAAUGUAAAAGUCAAAUAAAAUGUGACAUGACCAUGUGAAAGUGGUGCAAAUCAGACUUCUUGGGGGGCUGAAAAGAUUGGAAUUGAACCAUUCAGCAUGCUGUGAAAAAGUCAGAUCAGGGUCACAUAUUGGCAAAACAAAAAAUCUGAUUUGGGUCACAUUUGUCUGCUGUGUGAACAUAGACUUAAGAUAUUCAGCCUGUCGGACUCUGUCCAACAUUCAGAGUAUGAAGUAGAUGUUUGCACCUCACACAGAUGAGUGUCCAUGUGUUGUGGGAGAUAAAGAUGGACAGGAAUUGUAGUGUUUUCUUUUUUUUUUAAUGACAACAAUAAUUACAUUGAGCAAACAUUUAUUUGAGUCGGUAUAAAUGACCAGGUUUAUUUUACUUCUCACAUCUGUGUUGAUGCUGUUUUUGCAUAUGACAGGAAAUUCCUAAAGCAAUCUCCAAUACAUUCUGCGUGUUGUUUAUUUAUAAAAACAUUUACAAAAUAAAAUGUACUUAUUGCAUUUAUUUAUUCAAGCAUUGAGAUGAUGUAUGUUUCACUUACUUAUUAAUUAGUCCUCCUCAACCAGGUGGGUAUUGGGUAUCUCAUGAUCCCUUUUGUGUUGUUUCUUUAAACU